AUGUCUCCGAAGCCCACACUUAUCUUUGUGCCUGGGGCGUGGCACACAGCCGAUACAUGGACAAAGAUCUGCAAAAUCCUCGAAAACCAGCACCAGUACAAAUGCAUCCCUCUGACAUUGCCAUCAACACAGUCCGACCCCAGCGCAACUCUUCUGGGAGACAUUGAAACCGUCCGCAACGCCAUUGUCGCCGAGACCUCACAGGGACGUGAUGUCGUGGUGGUGAUGCACUCGUACGGUGGCAUUCCCGGGCAAAGCGCGAUCAAGGGCCUCACCUCGCCCAAGUGGGAGACGGAUACGGCGGAGAGCAAGAAAACCGGUCAUGUUAUUGGCCUCAUCUUGAUGGCAUCGGGCUUUGUGGUUCCUGCAAAGUCUUUCAUAGAUGGCAUGGGAGGCCAACCACCUCCAUCCUUCAUCCUGAACAAGGAGAGCGGCUUUGCCGAGCUGGUCGUCGACCCGCGUGAACUCUUCUACCACGACCUGCCGGAGGAAGAGGGCAAGGAGUGGGUCAAGAAGCUUACCAAGCAUUCGAUGAUCACGCUCACCGAGGGCGGCGAGCAUACCUAUGCCGGGUGGAUGGAUGUGCCAUCGUGGUAUCUUGCCACUACAGAAGACCACGCCUUGCCGGUGGAAGCACAGCGAAUGUUUGUGCAGAUGACAAAGGAUGCGGGAGGAGAUGUCACUCUGAGGGAGAUUCACAGCAGUCAUUCGCCCAUGCUUAGUCGACCAGAGGAGACGGUGCAGGUUGUUCUAGAUGCUGUAGCUAGCUUUGUGAAAUAG